ACGAAAGUAGAGAUGCCCUCGUCACAGUUUUAAAAUUAUUUUAUGAUAGGCUAAAUGAUUUGAAAGACUCUGGGCUAGUAAAGGAACUUAGGAAUUAGCUGUGACGUUCUUUAAGUUAUGACGUCAUAUUCGAUGUAAACAAAAGAAACGCUUUCAUCAGAUAUGAAGAAGAAAGAAAUAUGAAGUUCUUAGACAAUUAUGGAAGUAGUCAUUAUCAUCUUUUAUGUGCUUUUUCUACCUGCAGUCUCAACAUUUCUCAACAUUACCUGUCCUUAUGCACAUAACUGGUAUUUGACUGCUUCUGUUAAAUGCCUAGCAGUUACCAAUUACACCUGUUUAUAUGAUUCAGUAAACAAGAAUUUCAAACACAAUUGCAAAGGACCAUCCAAAAAGCCACCAGGAGAAAAGUCUGUAAUCAACUUAGGUAAUUUUGAUACUGUGGAUUGUUCAGAUGAACGGUACCAAUCAAGACCAUUUUCAUCAACUCAGGGAACUAACUGUACCCUUCAAAAGUCCCUAUGCAAUGAGGAAGGACAAGUUAUAUACACCAAUGGAAGUACAACUGCAGACAGAAAAUGUAGAUGUGACUUUACAAAGAACUAUGCAUUUGUUUCUGCAAAGCGUAAUGAUCAAUGUUCCUGUGAUCCAGUUCAGGAGGACUGUACAUGUCUCAUAAAAAAAUGUAACAAUGGACAGAAACUCUCGUCAGACUACAAGUGUGUACCACAAAAUGAGAGGAUUUUUACAUGUUCAGAGAUAACAUAUUUCAAGAAUGGAAAUGAAUCAGAAGGAAUAGAUUUCAGUAAUUUUGAAGAAAAUGGCAAUGUGAUUAAUGGUACCGUGCUUCCAUACAGAACUAACACAGCCAUUAUUAUAAAUGGAUUUUUCUUUGUAAUAGUUUUAUUUAUGGGGCUGUUGUGUUAUGGACAGAGAAUAAAUAUUUUCUUUACAAAGUUUGAAAUAGUUGUUGGCUUGAAAGAUGUUACAUGUUUUGAGCAUGAAGAUGCCAUAUUUACAUGUGAAGUAACUAAAAAAGCAACUGGAGUUAAAUGGUGCAAAGGGGAUCAUUUAAUUUCUUCAGGAGACAGAUUUACAGAAUUGAAAGAAAAACAUAAAUACAUACUCAAAAUUGUUAAUGUGCAUAUGGAAGACAAAGGUCACUACACCAUCAAUUUUAAAGAUACUCUUUCAAAAGCAGAGCUUAAUGUUUUCAAGGAGGACUUUACGUUCAGAAUUAAGUUGCUGUUAGAGAAAGUAGCAAAGCCUGUAGUGAAAAGUAUAUUUGAUGAAGAAUUUUCUCCUAGCGUACUUCAAAAAGAACUGAAGAAGAGAUACCCAGAAAUCAAUGAUUUGAAAGCAGAAAAACAUAUUAAUUUUGAUGAUAUUGAUUUAUUAUAUCCUAAAACAGUUAAAUACAAAAUCAAGUUGAUACAUAAGGAUCUUAAAUAUACCAGUGAUUUAGAAGAUAAAAAUUCUACAGCGUUUAAAGAAAAAGCCCAAAAUAUUGAGGGAUAUGUAGCUGAUUUGUACACAUCUGUAAAGGGACAGCAGAAAGUAAAAGUAUUAGAAUUUGGACCUGUAUUUAUGCUCAUAACCUUUGAGAUAACUACUGAAGAAAGUGAACAAUUUGAAUUAAAAUCUACACUCUCUUCUGCUAUAGAAGCACAAAUCAUUCCACCUUUUACAGUAUGUGAUUUAAAGGCAUUUGAAGCUAUUGGCGAAAGAGAAAAUUUGUAUAAGGUCAGUGUAGUUUUUACAAACCUAGAAUAUAAAAACAUCCAAGCUGAGUUAAAGAAAGUUGAAGAAGCUUUAAAAGAAAAAUUGCAAACAAGUUUUCCAAGAUGUGCAGUAAAAGUUGUAGACUAUAAGCCAUACAAUUCAUCUCUGGCUGUGACUCUGAAGUUAACAUCUAGAAAUUUUAACCAGUACAAAGACCUUAGUGGUAAACUUGAGAAAGCUAUUAAAUUGAAAGCCUGUCCAUUUACUGAUGUUGCUUUAAGAUCAUUUGAAUUUGUGGAAAAUAAAAAUUUGAAACCUUUAUCUGAAACUUUUGACUUGCGUUUGAUGAUUGUUCUAUUAAGAAAUCUUACUCAAUUGGACAUUGCUGACAGAUUGCCUUUUGGUGACAAUAAAUCUAUAGGUGCUGAUAUAUCUAGGAUUAAAUUUUUUCGGAUUAAGUUUUUACACUCAGAGAAAGUUAUUACAAAAGGACAGUUUGAAGAUAUAUGGGAUGGACUAGAGAUGCCACUAAAUAGACUUAGUGAUAACAAAUAUAAAUCAAUGAUGAUCAAGUUGAAAAAGAAGAAACAAAUAAGUGAAAAAAUAUCAAAAGAGUUAGAGCAGAGGUUACACCCUGAUGCAGGUCUAUCAGAUGAAGAUGAGAUUGACAGUGGUGGAGACGAAGUACAUAAAGAUAGUGAUACUGACGAAGAAGAAGAGAGAGCUAUUCAGAUUAACAGAAUGGUUAAUAAAGCUGCUAGAGUUAAAUUUGACCAAGAGUUUCCUCCAGAUAGACUUCACACAAUAAUUAGUAGAAAGAAAACAACUUUGGAAGAUUACAAAGAAAGGAAACAAAUCACACCAACACAACUAGAAGCUUUAUUGAAUGACAAGCCAACCUCAGAGAAACUUGAACUGUCCUUGCUUGUAAGACUUAUUUGGAUAUUAAGAGAUACAGCUAGAAAAAAUUCACCAAUAAGUGAAAUUGAUUACCACAAUCUUUGUAGUCUAAAAGAUUUGACUGAUGACCUCAGUAAACUGUCUUAUACUGAACAGGAAAUUGUGAACAUAUUUAAAAUUCUGCACACGCUUGCUAAUAAGGAUUUUAUUUCUUACCCUCACCACAGAGGUAGUAACAGUGCUUGUGGACCUUGAGAAAGUGUGUUUGGAUCUGUUGCUUAAGACUUGCAUGAAUGAAGACAAUUGUCCUUUGCCAUAAACAUAUGGAGUAAGAUAAUCAGACUCAGAAUUUAGCCAAUCAAAAUACUUGAUUUGUUG